AUUGUUGUUAUAGCAUUGUGCCAUGGAGUAUGUUCCUAAGAAGAUUGAGGAGCUGCUUGUGGGUCAAGAAGUGAUGUUUAAGAUUCAAAGUAGGAAUAUCAAGGAAUAUUAUCGUAGAUAUCCAUAUACGGUUAACAAAAUCUGUAAUAUUCCAGAAGUAGUGGAGAAAUUUGUUCCUCAGAACAUUGUAUCACAAGUUUUCAAUACUGAUGUCAAGUUAGCUGAUUUACUCUUCGGAUUUGAUAUUGUUGAGGUCUCUGGAAAAGGUUUUGUAACUCCUGAUUUAUCAGUUGUUACUAAACAGAAGGGGAUUGAAUGCUUUGCUGAAGGAAGUGUGAAAAGAUGCUUGGUAGAUGAGUUUGAUAGUUGUGAUGAUAUCUAUUUUGAGAAGAUAAAAAAGAAGAUGAAGAAAGUGAAUGUGUUUGAAGAUGAAGAUGAAGCAUCUGUCAACUAUACUCAAGAUUUGUCUGGUGCUGAUUAGAGUUGGGAAAUUUUUAGAGUCAAUCUGUUUUUUAUUUCUUGCUUAAGUGUUUUGAACAUGUCUGAAAUUUCAGUUGUGUUUUUUGGGGGUUUUGUUGUUGCAUUAUGUUAUAUUAGGUAACAAUGAUGGAUUUUGGCUGGGAUCAUUAUCUGUUUUGGUAUUAGUAUACAAUUCUAAGUUGGUUUUUAUUUC